AUGGCGUCAAACAUUUUCAAGCUUCCAGACGAGCCAAGCCUGGCUCCUCUACUCGGUCAAUUUCCCGGCAGAGAUCACCAAAUACGUUCGCUUGCCGCUUUGCUUCAUACAGACGCCGCGCCUUGUCGAAACCUUGUCAUACAUGGCUCCGAAGCGACGGGGAAAUCCAGCGUUACGACCCAGCUGCUUGCACGAUUAGCACAGGGUGAUGGAACAGAUGAUGGAGCCGCAGGUAGUCGUGCUACCGCGCUCGUUUACGCAACUGUUAACGUUGCUCGGUGCAUUUCUGCGCGUCACUUCUUCGAGAGUAUCGUCGUUGCAGUAUCCAGUGCACUUAGCGCAUGGGAUGGCACCGAAGAUAGCGAGAAUUCGCCGCAACGAUGCGAGACGUUAGCCCAGCUUGCUGCCUCGCUCAGCUCGAUAUUCAACCAGCCUCGGAUAAAAGAUGGUUUAAGGCAUUUUGUAUUGGUAUUAGAUGGUAUGGACAAGCAAAGGGACGCACCGCCAACCUUGACGCCGGCGUUAGGGAGGUUAUGUGAAACUAUUUCAUGCCUUACAUGCAUUUUCAUUGUUACGACUCCGCCAGCUGGAUUUCUUCGAGCUUGUCCAACUUCGUAUCUCUACUUCCCUCCAUACAAUAAAUCCGAAUUAAUCAACAUCUUGUCAAAAGAACCUCCAUCUCAUACCCGUAAAACGACAAGCGCAGCCGAGGAUGUACAAGAAUCAACUUUAGAUCCAAACGAAGCCAAUCUAUGGACAAGAUUCUGUGCUGCAGUCUAUGACUCCCUUGCUCAGUCCGCUGGCCGGUCGUUGCCUUCCUUCAAAAACAGUUGCUAUACUCUUUGGCCGCGGUUUAUAGCGCCCAUUGUUGCGGGAACAAACACGUCUCACCAAUUCUCAAAGCUUCUCAUCGCCGCUAGACCCUCCUUUCAGGAUGAGGCGUUCCUAAAUCCCAAGAUAGUCUCGCCCCGAGUCUCAACAACUAGAAUAAGCAUCGAUCACGGCAAGCAGCCUUCAAUUCGACACUUGGAAUCAUCACUGGCAUCAACUACUUUAGUUUCACAACCUCUCGCAGGUCUGACUGGCUUGCUACCGACUACCGCUAGAGUGCUUUUGCUCUCGGCGUACAUUGCGUCUCAUAACACUAUCCGUCACGAUUUGACCCUAUUCUCUACCCAUUAUAGCGGUCGCAAGCGCCGGCGUGCUGGUCCCAACUCUUUUCGGGCCAAUCAUCGAAAUAAACAGCGUAAAAUAUCGCGCAAAUUACUCGGAGCCCAUGCAUUUCUCUUGGAACGUCUAUUGGCGAUAUUUGAUGCCGUAAGAACAGAAUGGGUUCCAUCGGCCGUCUUGUCAGGCGUAGAUGGCGAUAUCGGUAUGGGCUUAGCCACUCUAGCGAGUCUGAGAUUACUUAUACGAGUUGGAGCCGGAGAUAUUAUGGACAGAUCUGGUAAGUGGAGGAUAAAUAUUGGAUGGGAGAUUGUACGCGGCAUAGGGAGAGGCAUCGGAGUAAAUAUCGAAGAAUGGCUUGUAGAAUGA